GCGAUGGCCGAGCGGGGCCGCGUGCCGCCCGCCGCACCCGCACCCAGCACGGACGGGCUGCCGCGCGCCUUCCUGCAGAGCUUGCGCACUCUCUUCGACAUCCUGGACGACCGGCGGCGCGGCUGCGUGCACCUGCGGGAGAUCGAGUCCCGCUGGCAGGGCGCCGACGCGCGCGAGCUGCCAGGCGGUGUGCUCGAAGGCCUACGCCAGGUGGCCCCGGCCAGUGGCUACCUGACUUUCGAGCGCUUCGUGGCCGGCUUGCGCACCUCGCUGCUGAGUGCCGAGGGCGGCCCGCGGGGCCCGACCCGCGUUCGGGGCCGACCCGGAGACCCGCCGCUGCCGCCUCAGCGCCUGGUGUUCGCUCCAGCCGACGAGCCACGGACCGUACUGGAGGGCAAGCCUCUUGCCCCGGGUGCGCGUCUUCCUCCCGGCGGCCCCGGCGGUGCGGCUCGAAGCCCGGAAAAGCUGUGCGGCCCGGCCGAGGCGGCGACGUUCCCCGCGGAGCCCGAGCGACCCCAGAGUGCGGCACUGGAGAGGAGCCCAAGCGCCAACGCUGGUACAGUGGCCUGCAGGGCCCCAGAAGUGGGCUCAGGGGAUGCCCGGCGGGCAACCCGCACCCGAGGGGAACGGCGGAGGCACACUAUCACUAAUGGUGUGGACUGCGGCCUGCUGAAGCAGAUGAAGGAGUUGGAGCAGGAGAAGGAGGUGCUAUUGCAGGGCCUGGAGAUGAUGGCAAGGGGCCGUGAGUGGUACCAGCAGCAGCUGCAACGGGUACAGGAGCGUCAGCGCCGCCUGGGCCAGACCAGAGCCAGCACUGACUCUGGGACUGUGGGAAGUCCUCGCCCACUGAGACAGCUGCUGCCCAAGGUACAGGAGGUGGCCCAGUGCCUAGGGGAGCUACUGGCUGCAGCCUGUGCUGGCCGGGCUCUACCCAUGUCAUCCUCUGGGCUCCUGUGCCCUGCCCUGGCCCCUGCCUCACCUCCAGCCACAGGCUGGCAGCAGCAGACCAUCCUCAUGCUGAAGGAGCAGAAUCGGCUCCUCACCCAGGAGGUGACUAACAAGAGCCAACGCAUCGCCCGGCUGGAGCAAGAGAAGUGUGCCCUCAUCAAGCAGCUGUUUGAGGCGCGUGCCCUGAGCCAACAGGAUACUGGGCCUCUGGACUCCACCUUCAUCUAG